UACACGGACUAACCAGAUGUUAGCAGGGGUAAAUGAGCUGUUAUGUAGAUGAGCAAUAGAGAUCUCUAGUUAGAGUAAGAAACAUGCACACAACGGAUAUGUCGAUUAAUCAUUAAAAAGAUCAAGAAAAACAAGGACAACAUCUCAAUAUGGAUGAAAAUUUGACUCGAGGUUACUGUCAACUACAGUCGCCAUCACGGUCAUCACGGAGGACUAAUCAGGAUCGUCUAAACCCACCACGUGAUCCAUGUAGCUGUAUUUACCUCGCUCUGGUUUUGGCGGGAGCAGGAUUUCUAUUGCCGUAUAAUAGUUUUAUAACUGCUGUAGAUUACUAUGAGAAUCGUUUUCCCAACAGCACGAUCAUCUUUGAUAUGAGUAUGACGUAUAUUAUCGUUGCUUUUAUUAGUGUUUGUGUGAAUAAUGUUUUAGUGGAAGCGUUGACUAUGCCAGUUAGAAUAACAUUUGGUUAUCUGAUAUCGUUUGCUGUUUUACUUGCCAUUGCCUUGUGUGACGUGUGGUAUCAAGUCUUUACACAAGAUGUCGCCUAUAAAGUCACCUUAUUGGCUGUAGCUGUGGUUGCUAUAGGAGCAACAGUUCAACAAUCUAGUUUUUAUGGUUUUACCAGCAUGUUACCUGCUAGAUAUACUCAAGCUGUUAUGACGGGAGAGAGUGCUGCUGGUUUGAUUAUAUCUAUCAACCGGAUAAUAACCAAAGCUCUACUCAAUGAUCAACGAAUCAACACCAUCAUCUUCUUCAUCAUCUCUAUAUCCAUACUCUGGGUUUGUUUCAUCGUGUUUCACAUCAUCAGAAGAACAGAGUUUGUCAGAUUCUACGUCAGUCUGUGUGAGAAUGCUGCUAUAGCAGAUGAUCAAAGGGGGAUAACUAAAGGAGGCGGUUGUACAGAAGAAGUAAGCUUAGUUGAUUUUCAGGAACCGUCUUCCGGACAAAGAUAUGGCGUUUUGAUUAUACAGAGCCCGACUUCAGCAACGCCCCCUAGGACGUCCGAUAGCACGACACCUAGUGGUAGUGACGUUACAGUUAGAGAUAUCACCAGGUGUAAUGAAGAACAGGUCAUGUUUCAAGGUCAAAGUUACAAGGAACACGUGCCAAAAGUUUCAAGUAUUAAAAGAGGUUUAAGAAUGCGAUAUGAAGUAUCUAAGACGGUUUGGCCCUAUAUGUUAUCUAUAGGUCUGGCGUAUUUUGUAACCCUAUGUUUAUUUCCUGGUAUAGAAUCAGAAGUAAUAAGUUGUCAUCUAGGCAGCUGGAUGCCCAUUAUAAUGAUGGCCAUAUUUAAUGCUUCGGAUUUUAUUGGUAAGAUCUUUGCGUCCAUUCCAUAUGAUUGGCCAAGAGGACGUCUGCUAAUGGCGACAUUUUGUCGUAUUAUACUAGUACCAUUACUAAUGUUAUGUGCCACACCACGUGACCAUCCUAUAUUAACUGGAGAAGCCUGGCCUUUAUUGUUAUCAUUGUUAUUGGGACUGACUAAUGGAUACGUUGGAAGUGUUCCCAUGAUUCUAGCACCAUCCAGGGUUCCUGAUGAACAACGAGAACUUUGCGGAAAUAUUAUGACGAUGUCCUACAGUUUAGGAUUAACAACUGGAUCCGGUGUGGCUUAUCUAUUGGAUUAUUGGUUGGGGCCACAUCGUCGUUCAAGUCCCUGUGUUAUAGAUCUGACUCCUGCUCAACAUUUAAACAUAACAUUUCCUACCGGAUAUUAAACUCAACUGGUCCCUGUGUUAUAGUUCCUGUCGAAUAUCAAAUUACUUAAUUAGUCCCUGUGCAAUAUUCACUAUCGAAUGUCCAAAUCCAUAACUAGUCUUUGUGUUACAUUCCGUACCGUAUACAGGUCCCUGUGCUUUAAACCUAAUAGAUAAUAAGCACAACUAGUCCCUAGAUUUCUUAUCAACCGCCACUCGAGAUUAUAGCUAAUAGAACCCGCGUUUGUUCAAGACAAUGAAGGCAAUAUAACAUCUAUUACAUUAAACACACAUUAUGCAAGAGCUAAAUCUGCCUAUUGCAGGUCUUUAUUUAGGUCUGAAAUGUUCUAUAAACUAUUAAUUAGACAUCUAUUAACAGGACAAGACCAUAAUCAACUCUGGAUGACGAUGACAUCGGAUAUCUAUUACGUAAACUGGAUCGGUUCAGCCAUUGAUUUAAUUUAAAAAUGGAAAAGCCAGGCUAAUGCACAUAUCUUGUCAAACCUUCAAAGGCUAAUAUCUUUGCUCGUAAUGUCUAAAUCUUAUCUAAUGUAUCUUUAAAUCAAAUGUGGUAGCUCUAAAGCUACAUGGAAUCACAUGAAAUCAAAUGUGAUGGUAAAGCUGAUAAUACCCGAACUUAACCACAUUAAAUCAAAUGUGACGGUAGAACUAGAGCUGCUAACACCCAAACUUAACCACAUUAAAUCAAAUUUAAUGGUAGAUCUAGGCUGCUAACACCCGAACUUAACCAGCGGAGCCUUGUUUUAGUUUUCAAAGAGUAAAAUUUCGAAAAGCAACACCUAAUGUAGCUGCAUGGUAUAAUUUAUAAAGUAUAUCUGAUAUUUCUGUACAUAUUUGUAAUCCAUUAUUGUGUAUAAUUUUCGUAUUUUAUUUAAGUUGUAAAUAUUUUCUGGCGUAUAUAAAACUAAAAUAAAUUGUAGAUAUUGGAUUGUUGAAUAGCGGUACUUUGUCCAUCUUCAAUAGAAGGCUUGAUCUCGC